AUGUAUUACGAUGAAUGGUUGAGACUUGGCGAGAGACUUGGAUUGUCCGGUGGAGACUUGAUCCUUUUCAUCAAAGAUAAGGAAGAGGAAUGUAUAGCAAGGGAAGAGAGAGCCCAACGACGUGAUGAAGAAAGGAGACAGAUGGAGAUGAACUUUGAACUGCAAAUGAAGGAGAGAGACUUAGAGAUUGAGCGUUUGAGGGUCAACAGAGUAGACAGUACUGAUACUUGUAAGGCGUACAGACCUAAGAUUCCAAAGUUUGAUGAAGAGCACGAUAACAUUGACGCAUAUCUGGAAAGGUUUGAGAGAUAUGCUCAAAGUCAAAAGUGGGAAGAGGAGAGCUGGGCCAUAAGUCUUAGCUCACUUUUAACAGGAAUGGGACUGGAGGUGUACACAAGCAUGCCACAAGAAGAGGCCUGUAAUUACGAUUCUCUCAAGAAAGCGAUCCUAAGGAGGUAUCAGUUGACUGAAGAGGGAUUCAGAUCUAAAUUUCGACAAAGUAAACCAGACCAAGGAGAGUCGGUCUUUCAAUUUGUGUCAAGAAUAAAGAGAUACUUCAGUCGUUGGACUGAACUGGCUGGAAUAGAAAAGACGUAUGAAUCCUUAUGUGAUUUAAUGAUAAGAGAGCAGUUUAUUGAAGGUUGUUCAGCCGAAUUAGCGGUGUUUCUGAAAGAGAGAACACCAAAGUCGAUGGACGAGAUAACACGUCUUGCAGAGCAGUACAUCGAAGCACAUAAGGGGACACCUUCAAUAUUGUCGAAGAGUGUUGCGCCUCAAAAGAAGCACAACUCCACCAGUCAUGAGCAGUCCAGUCGAAAGACAGAAGAGAAGAAUGGGUUGCGGAAAACCUGCUUUAUAUGUAAUAAAGCAGGUCAUUUAGCGCGUGACUGUAGACAAAACAGCAGGAGUAACACUCCAAAGAGUUGCUUUAUCUGUAAUAAAGCAGGACACUUAGCCAGAGAUUGUAAGCAGAUGAGAUCAGCUCCAGCAAAGAAUGACCAGAAGUUAGCAGCAGUGUGUGUUCAAACGGAUGUAAAAAACAGUCCAUUGAAAAACAAUACUGAAGACGGAAAAUUGAAGUUGGCAAGUGGGGAGUCAGUCCCAAUACUUGCAGGAGUUUGUACCAUUGAUAGCUUAAAAGGGGAGAGGAACUUGGAGGUACAGAGAGGAUUCGUAGGAACAGAAGAAGUGAAAGUGUUAAGGGACACUGGAUGCGAAUCCGCUGCUGUAAGAAGAGACUUAGUCAAAGAAGAGCAAUUUCUAGGCAAAGAAAUAGUGAUUAUCACAAUAGAUGGGGACGCCAAAGUUGUACCUAUGGCGAAGAUAUGGGUUGAUACUCCGUAUUACAUUGGAGAAAUUGAGGCAAUGGUACCAAAGUCGUUGAUUUGUGACUUAAUCAUUGGGAAUGUUCCUGGUGUACUUGAUAGACCUGAUCCUGAAUGGAAAAAGAAGAUUGCUGAUACAUCAGUAGCUGCGGUUAUGACAAGAUCACUGAGUAGAAAAGCAGAGCUACCAACGAAAGCACUGAAUGUGCCGAAGCCCUCCUGUGAAACAGAAGCUAAUGUGGAGACAUUAAAGACAUCACAGAAGGAAGAUAAAGCAUUGCAAAAGCUGUGGGAUUUAGCAAAGACAGAAGACAUGCUCGAAACCAAGGGUGGUGCAAAAUACAAAUUUGCAAUAAGAAAUGGAGUGCUGUAUAGAGUUUAUCUUCAGACGAAAGGGGCGUAUGACUACGAGAUCAAACAGAUUGUCGUACCAGCAAGCAAACGCAAAAGAGUGAUGGAACUUGCUCACGAAUCGAUCGUUGGAGGACAUCUUUCAGCGAAGAAAACAGAGGACAGGAUCACGUCAAGUUUCUAUUGGCCUGGGAUUUCAAGUGAAGUUGGACGAUUUUGCCGAUCUUGUGACAAAUGCCAAAAGACCAUUCCGAAGGGCCGAGUUAAGAAGGUUCCUUUAGGAGACAUGCCAGUGAUUGAAGAACCCUUCCACAGAAUAGCCAUAGAUUUAAUAGGACCUAUUGCACCAGUGUCAGACAGUGGAAACAGAUAUAUAUUAACAGUGGUGGAUUAUGCCACGCGAUACCCAGAAGCGGUAGCAUUACCAAGAAUUGACACAGAAAGAGUAGCAGAAGCACUUCUUGACAUCUUUUCGAGAGUAGGUCUCCCAAGUGAAGUUUUAAGUGACAGAGGCAGCCAAUUUACAUCUGACCUGAUGAAAGAAGUAAGUCGUCUAAUAUCAGUGAAGCAACUCUUCGCCACACCAUACAACCCGAAGUGCAAUGGAUUUUGUGAGCGUAUGAAUGGAGUCCUGAAGAGCAUGUUAAAGAAGAUGUGCCAAGAAAGACCCAAAGAUUGGGAUAGAUACCUUUCGGCAGUAUUAUUUGCCUAUAGAGAAGUACCACAAUCAAGUACAGGAUUCUCACCCUUUGAACUUUUAUAUGGAAGAACAGUGCGGGGACCAAUGCAAGUGUUGAAAGAAAUAUGGACAGCGAAAGAAAAUCCUGAGACACAGAACACAUAUCAAUAUGUAUUUGAUUUAAAGCAGCGGUUGGAAGAAACGUGCAAGAUAGCAAGAGAAAGUCUAAAUAGAGCUCAGAAGACAUACAAACAUCAUUACGAUAAGAAAGCUCGCAAACGAGUAUUAAAACUUGGCGACAAAGUACUACUCCUGCUUCCGACAGAUAAGAAUAAGAUGAUGCUACAAUGGAAAGGACCAUAUGAAGUUGUUGAGGCUAUCAACGGAGUUGACUAUAGAAUAAAUGUUGGUGAUAGAACGAGAACAUAUCACAUCAAUUUGCUAAAGAAGUAUGAAGAACGCAAAGACACGAUUGCAGCAAGUGUGGCAAUUAUAGAAGAUGACAAUCAUAUUCAAGGUGGAGCGGUAGAUGAUGAAAGUCUUCUAGAGUUUCCAGGAUACACAAGUGGUGAAACAUUUUGUGAUGUCAAGAUCUGUGAAAGACUUACUCAGGAACAGAGAAAGCAAGUCUUAGAUCUUCUUCAAGAAUUUAGUGAGGUGUUCUCCGAACAACCAGGAACAACUCCUCUCAUACAGCACCACGUCGAACUGAUUGACCAGAAACCUAUCCGAGUGAAGCAGUACCCAAUACCAUACGCUAAGCGUCAAGAUGUGGAAGAUGAAAUUAAGAAGAUGCUGGAAGCUGAUGUUAUAGAACAAUCUGUAUCCGAGUACAAUGCACCUAUUGUAAUUGUAAAGAAGAAAGACGGAAGCAAUAGAUUCUGCAUUGACUUUCGACGCCUUAAUUCUGUGACCAAGUUUGAUACCGAACCUAUGGCUAGUGUGGAUGAUAUUCUGGCAAGACUGAAAGAUGAUAAGUUUUUUUACAAAGAUCGACUUAUGUAA